AUGGCAUAUCGUGAUAUGAACAAUGCAGGUCUUUUCAGAAGCACAGAUGAACAACUGGACUGGCAGACCUAUGUGUUGGAUAGUUGUCACCUGGAUGCGAAACGCCGCAAACUUCCGGAACUGGAGAACAUACGUUGGCUGAAGAGGGCAUAUCUACCUGCUCCACUGGGUGCGCCAGGAAGUCGUCAAGAGCCUAUGGAUGCCAAAUUCAGCCGCGCACAGAUGCGUCCUGAGCGGAAGUUACUCAGCACCUUCAUUGCUGCAAUGGAGGAGCUCGGUUUCAGUGACAGGUGGAUGCUCCACGCUGGCACCCUGCUUGGCUCAUUUUGA